CUCUGGGCAAGUUGUUAUUUCCAAUUCUUUCACACGAUUCAAUGAAUAUCAGCUAAUCAGAUGACUAUUCCAGAGACUGCAAAUCACCAGUCUAGCCAUGAUCUCUGAAGCCUCUGCUACAAGAAUGGAUGAGUCGAACUUCUCGAUUUCGGUGCAAGAUAAGAGGAGAACGGCUAAGUUGAAAGAAGUCCUUCAUAUCAUUGACCCCCAGAAGUCAACACAGCACAAGAGAAAAUUGCACGAUGUUGGAGAUGUACGUGAUCCGAUCCGCCCUGAAAAGAAAGCAAAAUUCAACGAGAACCGUCUGAAACCCGGCAAUGGUUUUACAAACACGAACUUCCAGUUUAACCUGACUCGCCAAUUAAAUGGAAAAGACGAGGGUGAAACAGAUGAGGAAGAUGAUGAAUUCAGCGAAAUUCGAAUCCAGCCAGACGCAUCUGACUUGAACAAUUGCCUCAGGGAUGCUAUCGGCGACGGCCUUGAUGAUGAUAUCAAAAACACUGUAGCAGGUGCUGGCCCGGUCAAUGUUAAUGGUGGUCAACCAACUGCCGGAAAUGAUGACAAUGUCUUCGUCAAACUGGCCGACCUUUCCAAGAUCUCUUCUCAGCUUUCUUCUUCCAACGAGCUACAGGCUCUCGAAGAUAGUUCUGAGGGUGACCCAGCAGAAGAUGUUACAUCGAAGCCAGGCAAUGCAGAGGCCCCAACGAAACCUGAAAAGACGGCAUAUUAUAUCCGGCUCCACAGACCACACAAAUCUCUGACUAAUGAGGCUUUUGCCCAACUUGAGCUGAUGUCAGAGCUUGCAAAGCCAGAAUUGAGCUUGGAGAAUCUGCAGAGCGAUAUGCAAAAUAAGACAGACCUCGAAAGAUCAAAGUUGCACAAGGGCCGUAUCCUCUUACAAAGAAGGAAUUCUAUGAGAGACUAAAAGGAGCUGAGGAGGACAAGCAUCCAUGGGCAAAGGCACAGAAACUUCCAAAAGACAACCUGCUGAGGAGGGUGAUGGAUGGGGCGAGCAAAGCAAGGUGCUACCAUGGGAACGGAAUCGUCUCACAAGUAUCAACAUCAAACUUCACAACAUGCAAGGGCCGUCA